AUGGAUCCCCACAGUCUAUACUCGUCUCUAGCUCUCAAAGACGGAGAUAUUCGGCUCCUCACCAUCUUCCCCGACGAAUGGACUGCCGACAUCCGCUGCGAAAUCAAUGUCGUCUCCCUCAACGACAAGCCCCAGUACGCCGCUCUCUCGUAUGUCUGGGGAGGGCCGCCGCAAGAUGGCACUCUACAGAUAAACGGUCUUCGGCACUCCAUCGGACGAAGCUUGGAGACUGCUCUUCGCUACUAUCGCCGCGCUGGCUGGAGCAUGCCGCUAUGGGCUGACGCCAUCUGCAUCAACCAGGAGGAUAUCGCGGAGCGGUCCUCGCAGGUUUCCAUCAUGGAUCGUAUUUAUACGGAUGCUGCUACCGUGUUUGUGGUUCUUGGAGCGGGCAUUGAUUCGGCUGCUGAGGAUUACUUUGAGAGGGUAAAAGCGCUGGACAAAUACCGCUUUCGCGUCUACGGCCAAGAAUACUUCAAAACAAUGCUUCCUAAUAUCUGGGACAAAAGAAGCUCCCAGACUGCGGGGAAAAACGAGAAUGAGGAUAAGGAGUCAUCGGUUCUUUUCAGCUUUCUAGGACGGGCUGUAAACUUACAGAUCGACGACCAUCUCGGUACUGUGCCCCAAUGGGGAGCAACAUCCAACGAACAGGACACCCACUACCCCUGGCAGACUCUGAUCCAAUCGUUUGAAGACUUCACCACGGAACCAUGGUGGGCUCGAGUAUGGACACUGCAAGAGAGCGUCGUCGGCCAUGCCCCCAUCUUCAUCUAUCGGACGGCUAUGGCUCCAUGGGCCAUGAUAUACGAGGCAGCGGAUAGCAUGGGGGCUCACAUCGCGGAUUGCUGCACCUCAUACCUGGCCAACGAGGCUCCGCCAAGAUAUGCCGCAUCUAUUAGGCGUCUGCUUGCUCAUGUCGACAGCAUUGACAAGACACGCCAAACCCACGCAAAACUUUGUCAUGCUGAAGAAGCUGAUCAGCUCCUCCUUUCAUCCAUGUUGCCAAAAACCGACUUUGAGGGAUCGUAUCUCUACCUGCAUAACAGACGGAAAGCUACCGAUGCCAGGGAUAAGGUCUUUGCUCUCCUGUCACUUAUAAAGCCGCGAAACACGCCUUCCUUCAUAUAUCCCGAUUAUGGGAAACAGGUGGAAGACGUCUACAUUACCACGGCAAGAAUGAUCAUUGGGGAGUCUGGUUCACUUGAUCUGCUGGCCGCUGCUGGACGGUUUCGAAAUGACAGCCUUCCGUCGUGGGUGCCAGAUUGGUCUACGGUGGGUGAGUUUGAUGAGACUGCAGCCACUCAGAUUGAUUCUCUCCUGGUGUAUGAUACUGCUUCUGGAGCGAAAGCCUCAGUGAAAGUUCACGAGAAAAAUAACAGACUGCUAGAGCUUGAAGGAGUCAUUCUAGACCAUACCAAAGCCAUUGGUGAACCGGUCGUCUCUAGUAGAUCCAGCGAUGAAACUAUGUGGCAAGCAUUCUUCGAAUGGAUGCAACUUGCUCACACUCAUUCACCAAGCACAACAUGGGUAGACUUCUGCAAGACUCUCUGCACAGACAUGGCCAUAUGGCCCAAUGACCAGGUCUUUCGUCGCAUGGGUCCUUUGACAAAAGAAAUGAUUCGGUCCGAUGUGCCCUGGCAAGAUCCAGUCUCUGGAAGGUUUACCAGAGACAUGCCUCCGGAGCAGCUAACACAGCCAUCGGUGGAGGAAAUGAAGGUUUGCUUUUCCGUGUGGUAUAGACUCUUAUGGAGGCUGGCAAAGAGAGGCAUGAGGUCUAUUGUGCCCCCUCCGACGAUGGAGGACUUUUUGAAAAUCACCACUGCUUCCAAGAGAUUUAUGGUGUCUUCGUUGGGGUAUAUCGGGCUUGUGCCUCGCGAUUCGGAACCGGGGGGCCGUCUUAUCUUCUUCAAGGGUUGUCGGUUUCCUUGCGUGGUCAGGUCAGUUGCUGUACCGAAUGACGAGACGCUUUGGUUCGAGCUUGUUAGGGACUGUUAUGUUCACGAUUUUAUGGAUGGUCAACUUGGAAAGCGGACGGAUAGAAAAACAUCUGGUGACGAUAUGAAUUGGGAGCAGAUCAUCUUAUGUUAG